UGGUAUACUAGAAAGUACAUAACUACAUUUAUAGUAAUCAAAAAAACUUGUUGUACAUGCAUAUCACAUUAUGGCUAGUAGUAGUAAAGAACUGAUGUUAGGAGAAUUUCAGUUGCCAGACUGUACCCGAGACGAUGAAUCUGUACAAGUGUCUAGUCGUAGAAGCCAGUGCGUAUCUUUGGCAGAUAGAGAGAGUAACAAUUUCCAUGGCCCAGUAACACAUAAUAUGAAACUUCUAUUGAAUGAGUUCAAAGGACUUUACGAGGAGAAGCUAAGGCGCCUUGAAGUUGAAUCAAGAGAUGAGAAUAAUGAAGAAGUGCUACGCAUGAAAGUAAGGAUCCUUCAUUCGUAUGUAAAUGAUUUGAGUGACCAAAACCAAGUUCUUGUUCAGACAGUUGAAGAUCUUGAAAAAGAAGCUGAUGAGAAAGUUUCAUAUUUGGAUGUAAAGCUGUUGAGAGCCAAGCAAACACUCAAUAAUUAUAAAACCAUUAUUUCAGAAAAAGAGAAAGUGGCAACAGGGCUAGCAAAAACUAAGGAGUCUUUACAACAUGAGAUAAGUGUUCUCAGCUCAAAGUGGGAAUGCACAGAAAAAGCUGCUGAAUGCCUACGCAGUGAGAAUUUGGAUAUGAAGAUUGACAUUGCCACUCUUAUUGGAGCCAUGCAGCAAGGGAGAAUAAUGCAGAAACUUGACUUCUCUUCACUUACCCUAAGGACCGUUCCAUUUGAGUAUGUUGCAGGACCAACUGAUUGCCACUCACAAAUUCCUAAACCAGAAGCUAUUCUGAAUAAGCAUGUUGACAACCUAAAGUCCCAACUGGAUGCCAGGGACAGGGCUAUUCAAGGUCUAAAAGAUGAACUCGAGAAAGCUUUGUAUGAGAGAGAUAAGAGUAUGGAUGAGGCUUCAGAAAGGAACGAUGCACUCUCUAUGUUGCAAAGCAAGCUGCAAGCUCUUCAGAAGUCUGAAUUGGCGAAAGUUGGACAGAUUGCAGAUAAAGAUAUCAUAAUUACAAAACUCCGUACAGAGCUGCAGUUUGCCCAGCAGGAUGGAAAUGCUAUUCAGAACGAGUUGUCUUUCCAACAGAAAAAGGUUAGUGAGUUACACAAGGCAAUUGGAAAGCUAAAGGAAGAGAUGGCAGAAAAGGAUGCAGAUAACACUGUUUUUUUCAAGUCAAGCAAAAUUCUUGAAAAAAAAUCAGUGAUGCUGACAACAGAGCUUCAGAAAAGAGGAGACGAGCUACAGAGACAGCAGAAGGAAAUACUUUCCCUGCAACAGAAAAAAGAUGGACUCUUUGCUGAGUUUCAAACUCAGGAGCACAGGAUUUUCCAGCUUCAGGAAUCACUGCAAAGUAGGGAUGUUGAGGCUGAGCAUUGGAAGGCUCAAAUCGCACAGCUGCAGAGUGAGCUGGAAGCUACCCGUAACUUGUAUAAGCAGGCCACACGUCAGCUCGAAGACCUAAAGCUGACCGCUCAGCAGCAAGGGCAGUCUUCAAAGGACAAUCAGAAUGUGCUUACUGCUGAAGCUGCCCACUGGCAUGAUGCUUUUGUGGCUCUCAAAUCUGAUUUCAUAGAACUUGAAAAGAAGCAUCUUCAAGCUUUAGCUCAGAUCAGCUACAAAGAGGAAGCGACAAAGAAACUCAAUGCAGAAUUUAUGAAAACAACGGCCAAGCUGGAUGAUACCAAACAUGAGCUAGAGGGGGUGCAGGCAGAGCUUGUCGAGGCCAGUUGUGAGCGGGAUGCAGUACAGAUUGAGGUACAAACCAAAGUGGCCAUGGUGACAAAGAGUCUAACAGAAGAAUGUACAAGGAAAAUCCAGGAGCAACAGCUGAAACUAAGGCAGAUAAAUGAGGAUCUGACUGGUUGUAAAGAGAGGUACACUUCUGCAAAAGAAGAGAUUUCUGCGCUCGAUCAAGCUAUUGUUGAUAAAAACGAAGAGUUACAACAACUUCAGCUUAAAUAUCAAGAGUCUCUAGAAGACAAUGGCCGGCUACAGACAAGGCUGGAAGCUCUAACUGUAACUGCUCAAAGUGAACAGGAAGUUCACAACAAUGAGAUAUGUUGUACUGAAGAUAUAAUCCAUAAACUGAGGAUGCAGCAGUUUGAGUACGAUGAGAAAAUGACAUUAGCUGAGGGAAAGAUCCAUCAGCAGGAACAAAUGCUUGUAGAAUUGCAAAAGAAGUACCUGGUUGCAGUGGAUGAUGUUGAAAAAAAGAAUCAGUUAAUAUGCUAUUUAGAGAAGCAGCUUGAACAAACUCAGCUGUCUGAUAAAGAAGCGGUAUUGGAGGUGAAUGAACGUGGAGAAACAAUAAGACAUUUACAACUGGAUAUGAACUCCUUGAAGGCAACACAAGAUUCUUUGAAGAGGACAGUGGCACUUAAAGAGCAUCUUAACAAUGAACUAUAUCAACAGUGUGAUAACAUGAAGCAAAUGCUUGAGGAAAUGCAAUAUAAGUUAAAGAACAGUGAAGAGCAAGUUAAUACCCUGGGUUUAGAAGUUGGCCUGCUGAAGUCCAGAUUACAGGAAAAGACAGAAAAAUCUCAGCAGCUGGAAGAUCAAAUUCUGAAACAGCAGGAGGCUCUAAGUAGGGCAAGUGAAACUCUGAAAGAUACAAGGAAAGCGGCUGGUAAUAAGAUACAUAAGAAAGAAAACAAACUUGGAAUACUGCAGAAGGAAUUGUCAGAAGCUCAAAAUCAAUACACUGCAUGCUAUAAUGAGUUGCUCCAUAGGGAAAAUCUUAUGCAGAAGCUGAAGGACGAGACCGUGCAGCUGACAGACCAAAUAAAGGCGCAAUCCCAGGACAUUAACAAGCUGAACAGUGAAAAGAAAAAACUUGAGAUGGAGUUGGCGGUUGUCAUGGAGAAACACAGAACGGCACAACAAGAGGUGAACAACAGAGAUCAAAUCAUUUUGCAGCUAAAGACCAAUCUAAAAACUAUGGAGGAGAAAUACUUAGGCUCACAAGAAGAACUGGGCUUUCAUGAGACUGAGGUCACCAGACUUAAUCAGAAGCUGAAAUGCCUGCAGAGUGAAGUACGUGAGCUGUGGUAUAAAUGUAGUGAACAGGAGGAUCGUAUGAACCAAGCAGAAAAGGAGAACCAGCAACUCCAGCAUGAAAAUAAUAUAUAUGCAGAACAGAUUCAGAACCAUAUUAAGACUAUUGAACAGCUGAACUCUGACCUUGAUGUCACAAAACAAUCUCACACUACCGAUUUGGAACGCUGGAACCAAAAAACAUCCCUUCUACAAAAACAACUGGAUUUAGCAAAUGAAGAGCAACAGGAAGCUCACAGUAAAGUGCACGAGUACAAAACUUCAGUAGCAAAGCUAAAAGAACAGUUGGAUAAAACAGAGCAAUUAUUUGAGGAAGCUAUUGAAAAGGCUGAGCAAUAUGAAGAAUCACUUAAAAAACAAAACUUAGAAGUUGCACAUUUGAGACAAUAUGUUGAAGACCUCCAAAAAAAAGUGGAUGCAAGCAACAACUUGACAAAGGCCUGUGAAUCAACUGCUGAUCUCUUCAAACAAAAAUAUCAAACUUGUAUGGAGAAAGUACAGGAACUAGAGGCACAUAUACAGAGUCUGGAGGAAGAAAUACAAAAUUAUAAUAACCAGAUCCAUGGAGUCAAUGAAACAGUCCACAACCUGAAAGCUGAAAUACUGAGCCUGCAACAUCGGUAUGAUAAAAAGUGUAACCAGAUGGAGAAUUCGGAAGAGGCAAUUGACCAACUUACAGAAGAGCUACAGACAGCUCAGGAAAAUGUAAAGAACAGCAAUGAUCGUGUCUGUGACUGUGAAAGACUAAUACAGGAAUUAAAGGAUGAAGUGGAGCAUUUACACAAAGAGAUUUCAGAUGAAGAGAAUACAAUCCUUCGGCUUCAGUCCGAUUUAACAUUGUACCAAUCCAGUCAUGGUCAUUCAAAUGAGGAAUUUGAAGCCCAGCGUUCUCAUAUUGAACACCUGCAAAAGGAACUUGAUUCGGUGAGAAAACAAUGCCACGAAAAGACAGAAGAAUGUGAGAGAACCAUGCCACAACUGAAGGCUGAAUCAGUUAGAGCGACUGAACUUCAGAAAAAGUAUGCCCUUGAGAUUGAAAAACUUGAACGGACACUGCAGUCUCUGCAUCUGGAUGUAGCUGCUUCUCAUCAGGACCACAAGUUGGCAAUUGUGCGACUUGAACAAGAAAUUGAGCAACUUGAAUCAGAUCUUGCAGAAGCUAGUAAUGCCUGUUCCCAAAAGGAUCAAGCUAUACGCAAGAGAGAUGACCUUCUGAAAAAGUCAGAGAGCGACCUCCUUCAAGCAGGUGAAAGUAUCAAAGGCAAAGUGUCCGAGAUAGAACACCUCAAUAGUGUGGUCAAGAACUUCAAAGCCGAUAUCCAGGGUAUUCAGAAAGACAAAAGGCAAAAAGAACAGGAAAACAUGACUUUAAAGACUGAGAUCCAGCAGCUUAACCAGGAGCUGCAAGAGGUUCAUAAGCAGUAUAGAGAGACAGCCCAAGAGCUAGCCAUUCUGGAUGAGAAGUUUCUUUUAAUGGAAUCCAGCUUAAAAGCAACACAAGAACAGCUAACUGAGAGAGUGGCAGAAACUGUUCGCCAUGAGCAGAUGAGUCGAAAGCUGCAGACUGAGCUCAAGACCAUGAAAGAACGUGUUUCAACUGCAGAAGAAGAAGUAACUGAGUACAAGCAAAUGGUUGAAACACUUAAAACGGAUCUAAACACAAUAAAGAACAACCACCAGCAAGCUCUUCAGGAAACUAUGAAAUACCAGCAGAUGAGUCAUAAAAUGGAGGUGGAGAACACUAGUGCAAGAGAUCAAGCAAGGACCUUAAAACAGCAGCUCCAGCAACAAGAGGAGUUAGUGAGGUGUUUGAGGGAAGAGCUUGAUCAGGAACAAAACCGAUAUCAGGAUCAGCAAAGACAGCUCAACAGGUUAAAACUUCACUUUACUGAGAUGGAAACAGAGGUGGAACAGUUAAGAAUAAAACAGAAAAAUGAUACUCACACGGUUAACCAUUAUGAAGAGACUUUGGCAAAACAGCGUGCAGAGCUGAAAGAGGCCAUAGAAUCAUACAAAAUGUGCAAUAGAAAUCUCAUGGCUGCAGAACAGAAUAUUCAUGAACUUAAAUUAGAGAUAUCCCUGAUAAAGGGAAGCCACAAAGAAGAUGAGGACAAGUUGAAUGACAAUAUUAAAUUGGUGGCUAUCCUUAAUACAAACCUCACCAACACCCAACAGGAAAAUGAAAAAUUAAAAGAAGACAUUUUUGCUAAUGAAAUGAAGAUGAAACAUCUUAAUUCAGAAGUUAAGAAAGUGAAUGAACUCCAUAAGCAGACAGAAGUAGAGGUACAGAACAAUGAUGAGCAAACGUCUGCGCUAACAAAGCAGCUAUAUCAGAUGCAAAGAAUGUGCCAAGAAAACAUCAAAGAUCUUGCAAAUAAGGAAGAACAGUUGGUUAUAUUAAAAACAGAAGUAGUUAGUCUCCAAGAGAAGUUCAGAUGCAAAGUGGAAGAGGCAGAGAAUCUGAGAAAUGGUCAUCUUAUUUUAAAACAAAAAUGGGAUGCCUCAAAGACAGAGCUGGAAACUGUGCACCAGGCUCUGGAAGCUUCAAGAAUGGACAACAGUCGCCUCCGUCAGGAAAGUGAGUUAGUGGUUGCAAAUGUGAACCGCUGGAUCAAAGAACAAAAAAUUGCCAGUGAUAACUUGGGUGCAAAGAUAAAGGAACAAAACAAACUCCUGGCCAUUGUCAGUGCUGAAAAAGAUCAUUUGCAAGAAACCAAAGAAGCCCUGGAAAGUGAACUUAAGAACUUGAAAGCAGAAAUGGAAGAAAAUAAAGUAGAAAAGGAAUGUCUGAAGACACAACAGAAUCAUUCUGUUAAUCAGCAAGCACUUCUUAAUCAGCUUCGAGAUCGUCUAGAAUUACAGGAGCAUGAACAGGAGAGCCUCAUGGCACAGAAGCUGUCCACCAUUGAAGAAAUGCACAGCCGGUUAAAGGCCAAUAUUGAAUCAAUUCAGCAGCUUAAUCAACAGCUUAACACGCUGAGCAAAGAGAAUUUACAUCAGAGGAAACUAUUGGAGAAAGAACAAGCUAAACGUAAACAGCUUGAGCUGCAGUUAAAGACGUGCAAUCAGAUCUCUUUCUCCCCUAGGGCCCCACUAGAAACGAGACAAGAGCAGAAACAUCAUCUUAGCCAGCUUGAGCCCCCCCAUCAGGAGGCAAGGUCCUCUGACCCAGAUGCCAUUUCACAUUUAUACCAAGUGCUUGAAAAAGAGCCCUUCAGGACCUCUGACAGAGAAAGAACAGAAACUUUAACAAGAAGGGAUCUUGAAGAACCGUGGAUAAGAGACUCACUAGAUAAAUCAUACUGGAUUCAGCGAGUUGGAGAGCUCUCUGCACAGCUGCAAGAAAGUACUGAAUACUGGUCAGAAAAAAUGAACGAGCUAACCAUGGAAAUAGAACAAGCACAUGCUGGUUCACCAAAGAAAUAAACCAUUCUGUCAACAAGGACAAAAGCAUUAAAAGCAGUUAGCUUAUUAUUAGCAAACAUAUUAUGAACAUUAUUCCAAAACACUUACCUCAGAAUUCCUACACUACUACAAACAGUUACUUUAAAACUAUUUUAAGCAAUGCACACAACUGCUUACUUUAUACACAGAUGCACUGAGGGAAAAAAAUAAAAUGUAUUGUCAAUUAUUUUUUGCUACCUCAUCAAAGAAGCAGUCAAACAGUCUAUCUUCAUUGAAAAUCCUGAUGUAAUUCAAUCAUUUUCUGUUGUGUUUUUGUUGAUUUUUUUUUUCUUAAUUUUUUUUUUAAUUUCCCAAUGCAAUUUAUUCUCCAUAAAAAAAAUCUGGUUGUAUAUGUGUGCAUAGUUUGAAAUAUGUUUUUAAAAAAAGUAUGUUUAUCAAUAUAGUCAUUGGUCAGCAGCAUGUAUUAUCAUACAGUAUAUGCAUUACAGUGCCCAUAUGGAGUCUACAGUAAAUUAGCUGUCACCCUUAUCCAGUGAUCCCAUUUUCUCAUAAAUAAAAUUAAAUUAAAAAAAUAAAUGAAUCACCUUGUACUGUAUGUGUGUCGUGCAUGCUGAUAAUGCCAUUUAACAAAUUCAGAUGUUUUAGAGGGUUUUUUUGUCUUUUUUUUUUUUUUUUUUUUUACUUCUUGCACUAAUGGUUGGAAACAGUAAGUGUUUUGUUUGUUUUGGUUUUUUUUUUACUUUUUUUUUGACCAAAAAAUACUAAUGGGACAAAAUAAAAAAACAUAUUUUCUAUUGUAUUUAUCAGUUCUUGUUAGGUACUGUAACACAUACAAUUUAUAACAUGGAUGAGUUAUUAUCUAGACACCUUUAUGUUAGUAGCCAAGAAUAAACAUCUGGCAAAUGAUACAUGCAUUCUACCAUUGGGAUAUCCAGCUACAAAUCCUGCGUGAAUGGUUCACAGACAUACAGAAAUCUCUCUUUCAGACCACAGCCAUUAUGAUGCUUAUAGUAUGUACAUCUUUCAAACAGAGUAUUAAAACUAUGAAUCAGAAAUGCUUAUGUGUUACAUUGUACAUCAAUCCCAUUUAAACAUGUAGAUGAGAGUGUGUUAGCAAAUCUAAAUUCUUGCACCUUGACUGACUAUCCUUUUUCUCAUUCUAUAGAAGCAGAGCUACAUUAAACAGUUGACAUGUUUUUUCCAUGGUUUAGUAAUUUAAAAGACAAGGCCUUUUAGUGGCAGCAGUGGUUUUACACUUUCUCUGAAACAAAUUAUGGAAAUUAGCUAACUCGCUAGCUUUUUUUAAGGUUUAAGACCUAAAACAAACCAGCUGCAAAGACAGUGACUCUUGGAAAUAACCAUGAGCAUGAUCAUUUGUUGUUCUUAAAAACUGGUAUAUUUUACAGAGGUAAACUUUGCUUUUGAUGUGUUUUUAAUUUAUUUUUACUUGGCUGGAUAAAACCAUGACCCUCCCAAACAUGCAUUCUAAUUUUCAAUGCAGCUAGCAUUUUUGUAAGAAAGAAACCAGAAUUGGGAUUUCUCUAUCCUCAUCUUCCUGCAGUAAUUGUAGUUAAUGAACAUGUGGUUUUGUGUGUGUGUGUGGUCUACUGGAAAAUACUAGUGCACUAAAAAUUGCAGUUUCAGUAUUUUUGUUUCGUCCAAAAUUAGCAUUAUCUUUUAUGUGAAUCAUAUAACCCUGUUCCAACAGGGAUGUUGACAAUUAUAUAACUGAUUAUGGUACAUUACUUUAUUCCAACAUUGAUAUUCAGACAUCUACAAAGAUGCUUUUGCCUUAAAUGCAUUUAGCGUGUGUAUUCCCUCACCUAGAGGGUUGAUGUUUCAAAUGAGAUUAUAACAAGAAAUAUGAAUACUGUAAGCUGGUAACAUCAUUUUGCUCUCUAAUUCCCUGAACUCUAAUCCAUUCCAUCUUGGUAAUUAAGGCCCCUGACUGCAAUGAAUGAUAUAAAGUAUAUAGCAUUUUUAUUCUGCAUGUGUGUGCUGUUUAGAUAUAGGCACAAAAACAUACUCUCCUUUGUUUUAUUAUAUUAUAGCAUUAUGUAUUUUCAGUAAUUAAGAUGAUGCUAUGUGAUCACAA